AUGCGCGCGGCUUUCCUGGAAGCGGCACUACGCGCUCGGAGCGUACGCGGGCGCACCGUCGCCCACGGCGCCGAUAGCGCGGCGCCGCGGCGGCCGACAUCGACUCGCCUCGCGCGAGGCUCGGCUUACGUCCAAUCAAACAAUUUGCCCCACGCUAGCUGCGUACAGUCAACAGCCAUUAGAUCCCAUCUGGGUACACCGACAGUGCGAGAGGCAUAUUUGUUUAACGCCGAACGGGUAAAG